AUGUCUGGAAUAAAAAGAACCAUUGAAGGCAAGGACCCGGAUUAUGAAGAUAUAUCGGUCGUUCAUCAGAACAAGCGGCAUAAGGCCAUUGAAACAUCAGCUCGAGAUGCUGCAAUCUUGAAAAUAGAAUCAGUUGUUAAGGAUCAGUUCGCUAUUGAACUGAAGAAUAAAGAACAUGAGAUUGAAGUUAUUGAUCAGAGGCUGAAUGAAGCUAGACGUAUGAUGGAUAAACUCAGAGCAUACAUUGUGGCUAAUUAUUAUGCUUCUGCAGGGUUUAGUAAAGGACAUGAGGGCACCUCUGCAUGUGAUCCCACAAUUCUAAAUCAUCCAUCUAUCAAAAAAUUCUUGGAAUCCCCUUCACGAGCUUCAUCCCCUGCAAACCACCGUUCAGACACCCCUUCUGUCAGUAAUUCGGAGACUGACUCUAUAUGUACUCACAGUGAGCUGCUAGAUAAAGAUUGUCAUGGAGCUCCCAAAACUGGGCACAAAGAGACCUCUUCUGCAGAAGGAAAGCUGGGGAAGGAUUCCGUGCCAACAGAAAAUGACAAUCAAACUGCUGGGUUUGCAAGAUCCAUAGACACUUCCAGGCGUUUUGUGAAGAAAACUUUGGUUGUUGGAAACGUCUCAAAGUACAUUCCUCCUGACAAACGGGAAGAAAAUGAUCAGUCUACACAUAAGUGGAUGGUCUAUGUACGUGGAUCUAGAAAGGAGCCAAGCAUUGAUCACUUUGUGAAAAAGGUUUGGUUCUUCCUGCACCCAAGCUACAAGCCUAAUGAUCUUGUAGAAGUCAGAGAGCCUCCUUUCCAUUUAACACGCAGAGGAUGGGGUGAAUUUCCUGUGAGAGUGCAGAUCCACUUUAAAGACAGUCAGAACAAGCGGAUAGAUAUCAUACAUAACUUGAAGCUGGACAGAACUUACACUGGGUUGCAGACCCUAGGAGCAGAAACGGUUGUUGAAGUUGAGCUUCUAAGACAUUCCCUUGGCGAAGAUUAUCUGUAUUCACAAUCUUCCAAUGAAACUACUCAGUCUGAUGGGAGCACUCCAGGACCUGUUAUAGUUAAAACAUCUUCUCCUAACAAAGGGAGCCAUGAAUUGGCUGAAAAAGGUUUUAGCAUGACUUCAGAGCCCACAUUGUACACUCAGACCUCAGCACUUGAGCGCACACCAACAAAAAUGACUCAGAGGUUUACUAUUGGAGCUCAUGGCAGCACUGCUUUCCAGCCUAUCACUGCCAGCUGCAAGAUUGUCCCUCAAGGACAGGCAACAAGCUUGGCUGAGUCCCCUGGGAAAUCUUUCCAGCCAAUCACAAUGAGCUGCAAAAUUGUGUCUGGUAGUCCAACAGGCAAGCAUUCAAGUAUAUCACAGGCUGGAACCCGUUCUCCCUUGCCAAAGAUUCAUGGGAGCAAUUUUGUUAAUCAGAAUAUCAAGGUGAUCAUAAAACAAGAGCCUGUUGAAACUUCUCAGCAACAGCAAGAAGCUCCUUCAACAUCGCAACCAUCAGUCCAACAAAUUGUAACUGUGAAGGGCAACCAAAUGAUUGCUGUGUCACCUCAAAAGAAUCUUGGCAAUCCUGAGGGGGCUAAGGUUGUUGGAAUUCCUGUUGGAUCAGCUGUAUCAGCAUCAAUUAAACCUUCUGUGACUAUAAGUGGUGGGCAGAUCCUUGUUGCCAAAUCCAGCUCUUCAGCUGCCAAGGCAGUGGCAGCCAAACAAAUGUUAGCUCAAGGUGUGGCCAAAGCGGUUGUUAGCAGUGGAAACUCCAAUGUUUUAACACAGUCCUCGCAAAACGUAACAAAAGCACAAGUUACAUCUGCUGUAUCAGCAAAAACCGGAACCCAGGGGUCAGUAAUGGCAACUCUACAGUUGCCAUCCACAAAUAUAGGUAACUUGGCAAACCUACCUCCUGGCACCAAAUUAUACCUCACCACCAACAGCAAGAGCACUUCUGGUAAAGGAAAGCUGUUACUUAUACCUCAAGGAGCAAUCCUGAGAGCUGCUAGUACUGCAAAUCUGCAGUCAGGAGCAUCCAGCAGUGGUGGCUCUAGCACAGCAGGAACCUCUACAGGGCUACCCCAGCAUCUCACCUACACAUCCUAUAUUCUGAAACAGACACCUCAGGGCACCUUUUUAGUUGGACAGCCAUCCCCACAGACCUCUGGAAAGCAAACCAGCUCGAAUGUUGUGGUUCAAGGCAGUGGUGGGUCAUCUGCACAGGGUCAGCAAACAAUAAAAAUAACUGCUGGACAGAAGAGCACACUGAUUGCACAGGCAAACAGUGGUUCAGCUGGAUUAGUAAAGAUAUCAGAAAAUGUUCUAAAGUCAUUGCCAGCGGCAUCACAAACACAAAAACCUGGUACCACAUUGUUGAGGGUCGCUGGUGGGGUAAUAACUACGGCCAGUACAUCGUUGCCAUCCUCGUCUGCAAGUGGAUCAAGUCAACAGGCUGCAGAAGGCUCCAGUACAUCUACACAGAAUGUGUCAUCAAGCAAAAUACAUGUCCAACAACACACAAGCACUGCUGGUAGCAGCCACAUAAAAUCUCUGUCCAGUGGGAAAUCUUGCACACUGCCCAUACCAGUGUUAUCAUCAAGAGCCGUGCUUAGUUUGGCUUCCAACAGUUCAUCUCUAACAGUGAAAGCAGAACCUGACCACAACAGUGCUUCAUCCUUCCAUACUGGCAGUUCAGCAGUGAAGAUGGAGGAUACCUUAGAUCAGGAAUCCAGCUCUGUGAAGACAGAACAUCUGCAGAACUUCAAGCAGUUGUUAACUGCAACCGUGAAGAAGAUCCCUCUAAUAGGUGAAAGAGAUGAGGAUGGCAGUAAUUUAUUUUGUGCAAGCUCAGUGGAGCAGUAUUACAGUUGGAAUAUUGGAAAAAGAAGAGCAUCUGAGUGGCAACGAGCUGUGGCCAUGAAAAAAAUGCUUCAUGAAAUAAUUGAAAAGCAGCCAAAAUUUAGCACUAUUGCUCCACUGAAAACCAAGGAAAUUGUACACUGGUGUCGCAUUCAUGGUUACACUCCUUCUGAUCCAGAGAGCAGUGAUGAUCGGGAAUCCAUUGAAGAUGUGCUGACUCGAAUAGACAACGAAGCUUCUUUACCUUCCUCUUAUUCCUGCUCUGAGGCUCUCUGUCAUAAGAUAGAGGAGUUGGAGAAGGUUCUUAAAAAAGAGAGAGAAAUCGAUGAGGAUGUGGACAUUAUAAGCAUGGAGGAAGAAGAGAAGCCUUGCAUCAAGAAGGAAAAUGAAAAUGGAGAUGAUGAUAAAUUUUACUUAACCCCAAAUUUAUCCUGCGAGUUCAUCAGAGACACAGCACAGGAGAUUGGAAUCUCCUUACAACCAACUGAAAUUCAGACAAAUGUGUAUGCAUCUCCAGUGGAAGAAAUGAUCCUAAAGGCCACUGAGCAAUUUGUCAGUGAUGUUCUAAGAGAUGCUUUAGCUGUGGCAUAUCAGAUGACUUCUCGGAAACGGGCUCCAAGAGAAAUCACCAUUACAGACAUCCAUCAAGCCAUUUGCAACAUUCCGUUAUUUGACUUUCUCACAAACAGGCACAUGGGUGCUUUGAACAUGGAUGAUGAACUUUCUUUGAAAUAA